AUGGCGGCGGUGGAGCUGCACAAACUCAACGGCGACACGUCCUGGUUGAUUCGGCUCCCUCUCAAGCAGCAGCUCGAGUCACGGUCAUUCUACAACAUCGUGCUCGAUCCUUGGCUGCAUCCUACGCCUCAAGUCGACGGCUCGCCACUGUUUUCGCGCCAGACGCGCAUCGAACCUGCUGCGUUUGGAUCUCUCGCCCAGCUCGACUGCUGGCUACGCUCGCUCUCCUCCAACGAAGCGCUGGACGCUGUGCUAUUCAGCCAUCCCUUUACAGACCAUCUCCAUCCCGAGACUGUGUGUGAUAAAGAUUCGCUUGCGGUCCUUCGCGCGGUCAAGGCAAUCUUCACCACGAACGACUCGCUGUCCGCUCUUCGAGCGCUCGGCGUCAAGGGGAUCCCUGCAGCAUCCAUCGUGGACAUAACAUCAACGGCCUACCGUCAGGAUGGUGGCGAUACGGACAGGCUUCCAAAAGGCAUAGAGAUCGAGCAUCUGCCUGCUAGGGAUUGGGCUGCCUCCCCAGCAUGGCACAAGCUGCAUUCGGGCAUUCUCAUCUCGUGUGCGAAUGCCGCGACUCCAACGCAAAUCUUAUACUCUCCACACGGCGUCACGCCCAGGUCGAUCCAAGCACGCAUGCAGUCGCCAUCGCAGGGAAAGAUGGCGAGGAUCUUGAUACACAGCUUCGACCGGCAGACGCUGCCGCUCAUCGGCACAGUGGCGUGUGGAUUCCCCAACGUCCUGGAUUUGAUACCCACCUUUCGGCCAGAUGCAGUGCUCGCCACACACGACGAACACAAGCGAGCCGAAGGUAUCGUCGGACACCUCAUCAAGCGAACCACUGUCUCGCUAGACCAAGCUGCGACCCGGCUCCGACAGCAACAUCCCCACAUACCCUGCGUCCUCAAGCAGCUCGCUUCAGGCGAGUGCUUCACUGUAUCCUAG